AUGACCUGGUCUGUGUGUAGUAAGGAGAGUCUGGUGGUGUUGAUCGUGAUAAGUAUUCUCUCCACGAUGAUUUCAUGCACGAAUAAAAACAACCCGCCAAAAAUACAUAUCGGUCUGCCGUAUUCACAAAUCAAAGGUACGGACAAUGCAUUUAUUCACAUUAACUUGGUGUAUCCUAAAACAUACAAAAUCGAACUGGCGAAGGAACUUGAUAGAGAAACCUUUAGUGUCUUCCAGGUGCAAAUUGUUUGUAGCGACAAAGGGAAUCCGGUUUUGACAGCCAGGGAGAGUUUCACUGUGAAUGUGGUAGAUGUCAACGACAACUCGCCCGUCUUUGGACAAUCUUCCUACAGUGUCAAUGUGACAGAAGGGGUGGACGCGGGGACGUUCGUUACGGUCAUCACAGCCACAGAUUCUGAUGCUGAACUCAAUGGAGUUGUCCAGUACUCCUUUUUCAAUGACAGUUCGGAUAACUCCAGUACUUUUAAUAUAGACAAGAAUUCAGGGCAUAUUUUUACAAACUCAGAGAUCGACAGGGAAAAUGUCAGUGAGUAUACCUUAACAGUUGUUGCUACAGAUUCUGGAUCGCCCGCGAGAUCGUCAACAGUUGAAGUUAAAAUCAGCGUAGAUGACAUCAACGACAACACCCCAAUUGUUACGACAAAGGAGAUCCAUGUGAAGGAGAAUCAAAAACCAAUGAUAAUGGUGGGGAAAAUCUUCGGCAGCGAUCUCGACGUUGGCAAAAACGCACAACUUGUAUUUUCCAAAGUCGAGAAUUCAGAAUCAUCUUCCAUGACGCCAUUUCUAGUACAGCCGAAUGGGGAGAUCCUAUCAGCUGUAAGUUUGAACAGAGAGCAGAUGCCACAGUACAUCAUGGAGAUUGAAGUCAAAGACAGAGGCAGCCCUCGGAAAAAUAGCACAGCAACCCUGGUAAUUAUUGUCGACGAUGUCAAUGAUAACAUUCCAGUAAUCACUAGUGCUUGUUUCAAUAACUACAGCAUUGAUAACUAUACAUUUGCGGACAACAGUAGUAGCAGCAGCGGUGUGGUUAUCAUCGACUGGUUCGUUUCAGAUGAUAAAAAAGUUAUCUAUCAAGUCAAAGCAAAUGACCAAGAUCUUGGUGAUAAUGCGCAGAUUCGCUUUUCUAUUGACUCAUUAGACAACAACAACAAUUCGGGUGCAAAACUAAAAGACAACUUAUUCAAGAUAAACGGCACAACAGGAGAAAUAUUCCUGGGGCGUGAUGUAAGAAAGACCGACCAGCUUCACCACAUUAUAAACAUAAGUGUCAGCGAUAGAGGCGACCCUACAUUGACUAGCUUCUGUGCCUUAAGCAUUAUCAUAAAAGUGGAUAUUAAACAACUAGGUACCUCAAAAACCACCAAAGUCAAAGUCAAAUCCCACAAAAGAACCAGGAAGUACAGAAAUAGCUCGUCCCGUUUAGGAUUCUUGAGGGUGAAAUACUUGGCUACACAUGGGGACGGUGUGGUAUGUUUUCUGCUUGCGUGCAUUCUUGUGAAUUCGAUGUUCAGAUUUUUAUUAUGCCACACCAUAUAA